UGAAACCAAGAGAGACGUACUUUUAACGAAUCGCAAAUAUGAUGAACUUUUUAAGCACCGCUCUUCUUUUCUCUUCUUUGCCCUUGAUCCAUGCUCAGUCUGGGAAUGGCGUGCACACCAUUGAUGUCGGCGAAGAUGGUCUCAGCUUCAACCCAGCUUCCUUGACUGUUGCUCCGGGUGACAAGGUCGAGUUCCACUUCUACCCACCGGAUCACUCGGUCGUUCAAGCUUCGUUUGCAAACCCUUGUCAGCCAAUUAGCAGUGGGGGUUUCUUCAGUGGAUUUUUCAAGACAACUGAGGAAUCAAAAACCGUUUUCACGCUGACCGUCAACAACACUGACCCCAUUUGGUACUACUGUGGUGUGCAGGGACACUGUCAGGCCGGCAUGGUUGGAGUCAUCAAUCCUCCCUCCAGCGGACAGGAUACUCUGGACUCGUUUAAGUCUGCAGCCGCAAAGGCUAAAGAUACUACCGUGCCGGCAAACGUCUUCGGUGGUGUUGUGGGCAAUGCCAGCAGCGGAAAUACGAGCAGCACAACUACUGGCACGGCUACUAGCACAGCUACUUCAUCGCCAAGCAAGACAAGUGCUACUACUGCUACCACAACCAAUGCGGCUAAUACUAUGCACACUGCAGGUGACGUCGGCGCUUUGAUGUUGUUGGGUCUGUUCUCGUGGCUUAUGAUGUAAGCGUUUCAAUGUGGAGGACACUGUCUCAGGGGUGAAUUCGUGAUCACGGUCGAGACUGAUUCAAGUUGCCGGGUGGUAAUUUAAUCAAACCAGUACCCUUGAUGGAUUCAUUAUACUCAAAUUGAAGUUGUGAUUGAUGUUUGGAUAUCCAAGACAAAUUACUCCUUUAGGACCUAAAACAGGGUCUAUAACCUACUCCUUCCAAUUGAC